CUCACAAAUGCUUACCGGCGCAGACGACUCCGACCAACAGUUGUUGGACUUCUACGGCCUAAAAUUACUAGAACCGCAAUCGCUUGCCGAUGUGAUCUCGAAUGACAUUACGUCAGACACGUUUCCAGACACCAAAACCGCCAGCCCCUUUACACCGGAAGACGCCGAUGCGUCUUACAACUUGUUGAUUUCGCUUAUGAGCGAUAGAAAUAUCACCCCUGACCAGCGGGAAAAUCUAGACAGAGACCCAUUGGACGGGAUUCUGCUCGCCAAGAAGCUUUCGCAGCUUCGCUUACCCAACAGCCCCGCAUUGUCUCCCGCGGCAAAAGGCUUUAACCCUAUUCUGUUCCUCACGACAAUCCACCAGGCGGACUCGUUAACGCAGUUGAACCAGUCUUUGAAGUUCUUGGAGCAAAACAUCGAGGGCCAGGCGAAGCAGUUACAGGGAUUGAUCGACGCAAAGUACCUUCACUUUGUCAGCUCGAAAAACGCGAUCAACCAGAUCUUGGACGAUUUCCACUUCGCGGAGGUCCCUAUAGUUACGAAAUUUAACUACGAGACAGCUGAUGCGCGCCGUACGCGCCCGCGCUUUAACAUGGCGAGCCUCGAGGAAAACGUCAAGUUGUUGAAUUACAACGCCGCCUUGUCACUUAAGCCGGUCAUCGACAAUCGUGCCAAAGUUUCCAAGAUGGCAAUGCUCAUGCGCUUCAUCGAGAUCCACAAAUUUUUUUUUAACUUGCCGUCGCAACUUGCAAAGCACAUCGCGGCGAAAAGCCACGAUGCUCUAAUCUAUGACUACCGCAAGUGCCAGAAGAAAAAGGAGGAAUACAUGCAGAAAGUAGACGGAGAAGUGAGACAGAAUGACCAGCUUUCGCAGGCAGAGGGCCUUCAGGCGCUUACAAAGGUCUGGUUGGAGGUGGAUGCCAUCAUCGGCCGCUACAAGGCUAAGUUACACGAAGAGCUUCUCGACUUUCUGAAAAACAUGGAGGAGACCCGACUUGGAUCUGCACAGUCGCGCUUCUCUACUUUGAUCAACCGGUUCUUGGACUUAGGCCUCGACGAAAACCCUGUCAGAUAUCUUGUGGACACCCAGAUGGUCAGCAUUACCGACAGCAUUGCCCAGAACUUUGAGAAGCUCGUGGCAAAGUUCCAUGCAAGCAUCGAGAAACUUGACCUGCAGAAUUUGAAAGCGGUGACUAUCGCGUACGUGGCCAAGAACUUUGCGAUGGGCAUCCCCAGCCGCGACGUCAUGUCGGACUCAGACGAGCUCGACGCACCUGCGGUCAUCGAUUCGUGGAACUCGCUUUUGGCAAUUACCAGCUACCUCACCAACCAGCUCGUUCCGGAAAUGACCCGCCUUCUGUUUAACAUUAAGUUUUUGAAGGAGAACUACAAGCGGGGCCAGAACGAUAAUGGCUGGAGCCAAGAAGAGACCCGUUUGAGUCUUUCAGAGAGUGACAUGAGCACCAUCAACGGAUCUAUUGAAAAACUAGUCGCGUUGAUCUGCGAUAAGGUCAAGGCUGUGUUCUACCUUUCGCACGACCCCAAGGCCGAAAAGGGGACCGUUUUGGCGUACGGGUUUAUGCCAAAGCACACCAAUUCCGUCUCGUGUCUCGUUUACUUGACGCAGGUUUCCGCGGUCAUUGCUGAGUUCUUGUCCAAAAUCGCGUCGUUUGGCAUGACCCCGCGCGCCGUGGAGACUCUCAGAGACACCAAUGUAGCUGUCAACCUCCGGAUUUUGGAAGCGAUCUGCAUUGCAUGGAUACAGGAUGCAUCUGUAUUGGGAAGUUUGGAAACUUUCGACCUCCUGUAUCCCCAAUCUGCCCAGGAUGAUGCCACCACCAGCCUUCCGCUGAUUGUCUUGCACUACCACGAUUUUGUGCUCACCAGUUUGCGUAAUAUGAUCUACUGGAAGGGCGUGGGCACGUACGAUAUCAAGAUCGUUACUCCACCCUCCAAGAAGAUCAUUGUCGCUAUUUCGAACCAGCUCGAAAUCAGUUUGCGCAAGUCUCUCGAGUCCAUCAUGACUAAGAUGGUGCAGCUUGAGAGUAGCGACGGUCACAUUGGUGCUGCCGCCAAUAUGAAGCACAUCUAUAAGGUGAUUAUGAUUAACAACUUGGAGCGCUUACGAGUGGUCAUAUAUCCUACGGUAGUCCAGCAGUACGACGAGUUGUUCAAGGAGAGCCUUUCUGCGUCGUACUUGAAGGUGUACACCUUGUUAGAGAAGUUUCAGGUCGCAUUGUUUGACAAUUACAUCGAGAAGGAGAAGGCAACGGUCAAGGAGAUCGUGUGCACCAAAAUCCACCUCGCGUUUGCUACGAGUAGUGAGUCAACGGCGGUCAGCAACUAUAUCUACGCCACGCUUAGCCAUUUCACAAAAAUCACAACCAGCAUCGAGAACGUUUCCUCCAGAGAGUUUCACAAGAUCUUGGUAGCCUUGCAGGAGUAUUUUCUUCGGCUUGUGAUGGAGCAGACCAGAGACGCGAAAAACAGAGCCACAGCAUACUCGUUCCGCCAAAUUCAGAUUGACUUGGCGUUCUUCACGGCCGUGUUUUAUAAAGGGAGCUCCCGUCUUAACCCUACCUGCGCGGAAAUUGUGGAUAAGACUUUGGUGAGUAUGAAGGAUCGAGUGGAGGACUCUGCUGCGUUGUCUCGCCUUCUGGAAUCUGUGGAUGAAGUUGUCCCUCGGGCCAUUCGGGAGUCGGAUAUUGAAUUCUCGUGCUUCAAGUUAUAGGACAGAUGUCGUAAUGCCAUGUGCUUGAAUAAGUUUGAAAUUUUGAUUGAGCCGAGUGGAGAGUAAAUGAGAUUGAGGAUAGGACUGAACAUAGUAAAAAGAUAAGAAAGAAAGAUGAAUAGGUUAUAUGGGAAAGAAUAAACGGACUGAUACGAAAGGAAUCGUAUCUAUUUAGGAGUG